AUGAGACAUGACCAGGUGGCUAUUGGAGAUGAUACGUAUGAGACUACAAUACUGCCAGCCUACAUGUCGUGCAAGGGAGAGGCAGUCAAAAAUCAUAGCCGUGUCAUUGAAGACGUCCGCGGCAAGCCUGUACAUUUUGCAUUCAGGCUCGAGCGAGGUACCGAGCCUGUGGGCGAAGAGAAUCGUUGCUAUUCGGCCCAUGCUCUCUUGGACCACAGAGAGGAGAAGGGCAGAUGUUGGUGA